CCUACCGCGAUGACGGAUAACCCAAAGAAGCGGAAGCAGCCAUCGAACAAUGUCUUCGGACCCAAGCGCCCCCGGUUCACUGGCCGAGCAGCGCACAACAUCUCCGCGAGUCCAACCUCCAGUGCCUACCCGAAUGGUGAAGUCAAUGUCUCGCGUUUCAUACGCGCCCACGAGAAUGAGAUAAAGGCGUUGGAGAGUGCGAUGAAGUGCGCGAAGAAGGGGCUGAUGAGGAGAGCAUUUCAGGAUGUACCGAGGGAUAUGAGGAGGAGGACGGCUGCGCACAACCCACACCGGGUGCCGAAGCGGAUUAGAGCGAGGACAAAGAGGGAGGCGAUGGAGGAUAAUGUUACGGUAGUGAAGAGUAAGAGUGGUAGUGGGAUCGGGAAGGGGGCUAAGCAAUGGCUAAGGAAGGAAAUUAUACAGAAGAAGAAAAAGGCAAGGGAAAGAAGGGCGAAGGAUGAUGUUGAGGUCACGGUUACUUCGGAUCAUGGAACGGAACAGGGCCUCCAGAUGAAUGAUAUAUCCCUAUCAGACCCCAAAAAGGAAUCGGCAGCGCCGAAUGUAAAGCGGAAGAAGCAGGUAGCCCUCGCAGCACCCAAUAAACCCCCUGCCAAAUUUCGCAAACGCCAGGUGCACAAGACUUGGCUUCCUACUCACCUGUUCCACACGAAACGCGCUCAUCUUACUUCACCUAAUGAACCGCUCUGGCGGUUCGCUAUUCCAUUGUCGCCCGCAAUGAAAUCAUACCGCCUCACGCAUCGGGCUGCCACUUUAAGAGGAGCCGUAGCUUGGGACAUGAGCUACAUUUCUACAAUUGGCCUGCAUGGUACGGAACGCAGCAUUGAAGGUCUCCUCAAAGCUCUGCACUUUGCAAAAGGGGAUUCGGAUGAGGUUUGGGAGGAGAGAGGAAAAGCCAAAAAAUGGAGAGCUGGUCUCAGAGCGUGGGAAGGGUGGAUUCAUGAAAGAGAGGGGAACAUACCACGGAAGAUCGCCCACGUUACUGUGAUGUGGAGUGCUCGAGAAAGCGUGAGUAAGGAGAAGAGAAAAGCGUUUGUCCGAGUCCAUCCCAGUGCAUUCCUCCAGCUCUGGAAUGAGGUUGUCAGGGCCUCAAAGGUACAGAAGCCAACAGUAGCUGUGGAGGACCUUCGUUUCGAGAUUGGCUCUCUUGAAGUAAUAGGGCCUGCAGCAACUGAGGCACUUUGUUCUGUUUUGCAUCCUUACCCAACGCGCGGCGAUUUCUCGGAAGACGCUCCCCAGUCGAUAUGGCCAACUCUUGCCUCGAUAACCGAUCCUAGAGUCAUGCCCGCGAACGCUCUACUCAACUUCUCUAUCGUUGACCCUCGACUUCGCUAUCCACCGAGGACGGCUAAGAUGCGACCAGAUGAUGCCCUUCAAUCGCAGCUCAUGGAGACGCUUGCAUACUGGCCCAUUGACAAGUCUAACACGGAUUCCCUAAUCUUCAGCCGUGACGCUAGACUUGCUGCAGGACGAUCUCUUCCAUCCCAAAAAUCCAUCAAUCGCCGGAAGUCGACUGCUCCUCCUGGCGAGUAUCCAGACCCGCGUUCUUCAGAUCCUCAGAUACCAAUGCUGGCAUAUGUCUCGACCUCUACCAAUGCCUGGACAGUUCUAUUACCUUGGAAAUGCGUAGCUCCGGUUUGGCGAAGCCUCAUGUUCUAUCCGGUAUCUACUGGAGGGAACUUAAGAUUCGGUGGACUACUGGAGCGGCGCCAGGUCAACUUUGAGCGAUCGGUACCAUACUUUCCUUUUGAUUGCCCAGGCACAGAUGCUGGAUGGGGCUGGGAACUUCAAGAACGUGUUGAGCGAGAAAACCAAUGGAGGAGAAAGCCAAAGGGAAAGAGAAUCGAAUGGACGACUAUCAACUUGGGGAAGGGUAAGAAGGGCGAGGUGGGGAGUCCGUGGGCUUGCCAGUGGGAGAUGCUGCUUCCCAAGCUAAAUCAAGGCGGAGAGACUAGUGGAGAUACGACAGCCGUUACAACAGCUACAUCUCCAUUUCUGCAACUCUCUUCGGAAGCGGCCACUACCUUGAUAUUAGGCCACUCUCCCGUUGACAAUUACCUUGCAUCACCCUACGUAUUCGCGGCCAAAAUUACCAUGAUACAGCGUGGUGUGCCGACCAAUUGUGCCCGAGUAUAUCGCCUUCCAUCCAACGAUCCAGAGCUUCGGAAGAAAUGGCUCUCGCUGAUAUCCACUUCAAAGCAUUCGUCGCCCCCAGCACAGGACUCGGAGAAACGGCAAAACAUGAAUUCCAAAGACGUGCCCAGACAUAUCCGCAACAGAGCACUCGCUGCAAGUCUCUUAGAACCAAAGCAGCCGCAUGGUGGACCUCCCAAAGCAGGAGAUGAUCAAUACCCUGUUGUACCUGAUGAACCAGACUUGAUCGGGUUUGUCACGAGUGGAAACUACAAUCUAGCAGAAGGGAAACCGACUGCAAUUGCGAACCUUGUCCUCCAGAGGGUCUUCGGGUUGAAAGACACAGCGCAUGCAAGAAGGGCCUUCAAGAAGGAGGAUCACGUGUGCAUUGUCCGGGAAGCUGGAGCUAGUUUGGGGAGACUGGGGACCUGGGAGGUUGCCAUGUCUGAGGACAAAGCAGCCGGCGAGCAGCCCGAUGGUGCGCGGGCCGCCGUCACGCUGUCGCCAGAUGCCCUGGCAGGCCUGACCAAAGAUAUCGUCGAAGACACUCUCUACAAUAUAAUACAUAGCACCGUCCUAUCAUGUCACCGCUCCGAAAAACUCGUCCGUAUGCAAUCAGCGGCCACCCAAGCCGAAAACGUCGCCCUCUCAACCCUCGAACCCCAGCCCCAGGCCAAGGGCUCCAGCAGCCAGCCCGCCCAACCGACCGCCGAAACUGCCGCCGCAAAGUACGAGAAUGGCCGCGUUCACCUCAAAGGCAACCCUCUGAAGACGACACCGGAAAUUACAUGUCCGCACUGUAAGCUGCCGCGGUUGAUGCACCCGAUCAUGGGGAAGGGCAUGCAGAACCCAGAUCUGACCAAAGAAUACUGCAUGCUGUAUCCGUGGGUGCAGCGGCAGGGCCAUGAUGUCUACGGCAACCCGUUCCCGACGGACAUGGCCAAGAGCAAGAAGGAGCGUGAGCUUAUCAAACAGCAGCAGAAGAACGCGGAGAAGGAGAGUGUGGGCACGCCUGGCUCGCAGGACACCGACAUGGCAGGAGGAGAAGGCUCAACCCAGGGCAAGGAAAUAAAGCUUAAUACUGGCGGGAAACCGGCGUCAUACAUCCCGUGGCACACGUGUCCGAACUGCAAGCGGAGUCUACUCAUCACACGGUUCGCACAACAUCUGGAGAAGUGCUUGGGCAUUAGUGGUAGACAGAGCUCUCGUAAUGCUAUGGCGAAGUUGGCGGGACAAAACGGCAACGGCUCUGGAACCGGUAUGGGCAACACCCCACUGGGGAGUCGAAUGGGAACCCCGGCUCCGGGAUCCCAGAGCGACCCUAUUAUCAAAUCCAAAGGUAAAGGUGUUAGCCCCGUGAAGAGGCUGGGGGAUGACGAUGAUGAAGGCGAAAACGAGACGCCAGAAAAGAGGAAGAAAAAGAAGAGUUCCUACGUCAAGAAAGCCGACAGGUUGGCUAAAGAGGGAGGAGGCACGCUCAAGGUCAAAAUAAAGGCUAACAGUCAAAAUAAGGAGCACGCGAGCAAAGACUCGGACAGGAAAGCAAGCGAGAGCACAGAGAGGUCUGAGGGGAAGCGAGAUCGCGAUGACGGCGAUGCGGACGGGGCUCCAAUGAAGAAGAAGAUCAAGCUAUCUCUCGGCAAGGGCGAGAGUACAUCUGUUCAAAACGGAAGUCAAGAAUCGAGGAGUGACGCAAAAUGAGUGAGCUUUUCACUCUACUCGGCUGCAUCUUGAGGGUGCAGGUUGAUGGGCGUGCGUGUGUGCGAAUUUAGCAUCAUCAGGCGUCAGGAUAUAACAUUUUCCAGGCGGGCGUUUUAGGGACAUCUAUAUGGUUGGGUUCUCGUCGACAGCAAACCGCAUCGACUUUGGGUGGCGUUAAAGAUACGUGAUGACGGGCAUCUGAUGGCAUUGUAUACCAUCCACAUUUCAUUCUUUCUCCGAGAGCUUUUCAUGGAAAUUUGCACGGAGAGCAGCAGAAAAGUA